AUGUCGAACGAACAACUUGUCACAGUCACAUAUCAAGAUCGCGUAGCGAUCGUGACCCUCAAUCGUCCCGACAAGCUAAACGCCCUAAACCAGGACCUAUACUACCUCCUCGCAGAACGUCUCCGCGAGAUCGAACAGCGAAAUGACAUCUUUAUCACAGUCCUAACAGGCACAGGCCGCUUCUUCUCCGCCGGCGCAGACGUAACCAGCACUCGACCUGGAGGCGGCGAACUCAGUUCCGGUGCCCGCCGCGAGCUAGUGAAAGGCUUCGUGGCAAACAACGUCGACGUAACCCGCACAUUCUACAACCACUCCAAGAUCCUAGUCGUUGCACUAAACGGCCCAGCCGUAGGCCUGUCCGCAGCCCUAAUCGCCCACGCAGACUUCAUCUACGCAGCCCCCCACACAUUCAUUCUAACUCCAUUCUCCUCCCUGGGCCUCGUAGCCGAAGGUGGCGCAAGCCGUGCGUUCGUUGAGCGUCUUGGUAUUGCCAAGGCGAAUGAGGCAUUGAUCAUGAGCAAGCGGAUUACAUGUGAUGAGCUUGUUGCUACUGGUUUUGUGAAUAAGGUUAUUUCUGCGCCGAGUGGGCAGAAGGAGGACUCGGAUGGGUUCUUGAAGAAGGUUCUUGAGGAGGUUGAUGAGCGGUUGGGAACGCAUUUGAAUCAGACUAGUUUGUUGGGGAUUAAGGAGUUGGUUCGUCGUCCUGAGAGGGAGAUUUUGGAUCGUCAGAAUGGUCUUGAGGCUUUUGCUGGGCUGGAGCGGUUCAUUGCUGGGUAUCCUCAGGAAGAGUUCAGGAAGUUGGCGUCUGGUGAGAAGAAGCAUAAACUUUAG